UGGACGGCGGCUAGCGGCGCCCCGCCUCCUCUCCCCUCUCCUUUACAGCCUUGACCGGCAGGAUCUAAGUGGUGAGCCCGAGGGGCCGGGCGUGACCGGGAGAGCCUGGGUGCGGAGCCCAGGUGGGCAGUCCUAGUCCGCAAGCCCUUGGCCGCUGACACCAGGCCGCUCCCCCGGAGGAGAAGCGGGAGAGCCGGGCAGACAGUAGCACCGGUCGCAGGGUAUCAUGGAUCUUGUAGUUCGGUGGCUCCUCAGGCUCGCCGCCUUGGCUGGGUGAUUCGGGCCGAGAACUACAAAGCCCAGGGGUCCGGAGUGCGGCGACAGACUGAUUUAUUCCGAGCUGCUCCGAUGGUGUUUAAGUGGCUCUUUGUCUGCAGGGGACUCCGGGGUGGUCGCUGGAUUGGGCUGUGUGCGUCGGGCGGGGGUAGCGCAGGUGUCUGAAAGAAGAUGAAUUUGGCCGAGAUUUGUGAGAAUGCAAAGAAAGGCCGGGAGUACGCGCUUCUGGGUAACUAUGACUCAUCAAUGGUGUAUUACCAGGGCGUGACACAGCAGAUCCAGAGACACUGCCAGUCACUGAGAGACCCGGCCACCAAAGCCAAGUGGCAGCAGGUACGGCAGGAACUCUUGGAAGAAUAUGAACAGGUUAAGAGUAUCGUCAGCACUUUAGAAAGCUUUAAGAUGGACAAGCCCCCUGACUUCCCUGUGUCUUGUCGAGAUGAACCGUUUAGGGACCCAGCAGUAUGGCCGCCCCCAGUUCCCGCGGAACACAGAGCACCACCUCAAAUCAGGCGUUCCAAUCGUGAAGUGAGGCCUCUGCGGAAAGACAUGGGGGCAGGAGCCCGGGGACUUGUGGGCCGAGCACACCAGAUAUCGAAGAGCGACAAACCUGCAAGUCGGGACAAGGACUAUAGAGCAAGAGGGAGAGACGACAAGGCAAGGAAAAAUAUGCAAGAUGGCGCAAGCGAUGGUGAGAUUCCCAAGUUUGAUGGCGCUGGGUAUGAUAAGGAUCUGGUGGAAGCCUUGGAGAGGGACAUUGUGUCCAGGAACCCUAGCAUUCACUGGGAUGACAUAGCAGAUCUGGAGGAAGCUAAGAAGUUGCUCCGGGAAGCUGUUGUCCUGCCCAUGUGGAUGCCUGACUUCUUCAAAGGGAUUAGAAGGCCAUGGAAGGGUGUGCUGAUGGUCGGCCCUCCAGGGACUGGUAAGACUAUGCUGGCUAAAGCUGUUGCCACCGAAUGUGGCACAACCUUUUUCAACGUUUCCUCUUCCACCCUGACGUCUAAGUACAGAGGCGAAUCUGAGAAGUUGGUCCGUCUGUUGUUUGAAAUGGCUAGGUUCUAUGCCCCCACCACGAUCUUUAUCGAUGAAAUAGAUUCUAUCUGCAGUCGAAGAGGGACAUCUGACGAACAUGAGGCAAGCCGCAGAGUCAAGUCCGAGCUCCUCAUCCAGAUGGAUGGAGUUGGAGGAGCCUUAGAAAACGAAGAUCCAUCCAAAAUGGUGAUGGUCCUGGCUGCUACAAACUUCCCGUGGGACAUCGAUGAAGCUUUGCGCAGGAGGCUGGAGAAGAGGAUCCACAUCCCUCUCCCGACAGCACAAGGAAGAGCAGAGCUCCUGAAGAUCAGCCUUCGGGAGGUGGAGCUGGAUCCUGACAUCUGCCUGGAGGACAUCGCAGACAAGACUGAGGGCUACUCGGGCGCUGACAUCACUAACAUCUGCAGGGACGCUUCUUUGAUGGCCAUGAGGCGACGCAUCAAUGGCUUGAGUCCAGAAGAGAUCCGGGCCCUGUCCAAGGAGGAGCUGCAGAUGCCUGUCACCAGAGGGGACUUGGAGUUGGCGCUUAAGAAAAUCGCCAAGUCUGUCUCUGCGGCAGAUCUGGAGAAGUACGAAAAGUGGAUGGUUGAGUUCGGGUCUGCGUGAUUGGUCAGCUCAUCCAUUUCUGGGAGUUUUGUUUAUGAAAUAUGAAGAAAUUUCUGAAAUUAAAAACAAUCUGGAAUUUUUAAUCAGAGAAAUCUUCACUUAAAGGCCAAAACAAAACAAAAAAUGCCUAAAGGUACAGAGAAACGUAGUUGAGAAACAAGAGACACUCAUAGAGUCUGCUGGCUUUGGGUUACCUAGCCUUACACUGGUGGUACAGAAGAAGCAAGCCAAUGGCUUGGGCUGAGGGAGCGGCUCUAUGCAGGGAGGGCCUUGUUUACAAAGCAUUGGCAAAGUUUUCUUGCGCACACUUGCAUUGACUGUUUGUUUGGAAUUGUCACUUUGAGUGGAAUGAUCGUGAAUUCUUUAGGAAAUGAUGAUCUUUAAAUGUGUAGAAUGUAAUAAUUCCUGUUAGAGACUAAUCUGUAGUUAGUAUACUUACUGCUCCUGGCUCACCAGUUCCUCUGUUAGCUGCUGCCUUAUGUCCGUCAGGGAAGAGUCUGUGGCCAAUGGCUCCUUAGACAUUUGCCAAGUGUUUUUUCCCUGGCCUGCAGUCAUUGUGCCGGUGCCUCUCGUGCUUGCUUCCUUUGGAACGAUGGGAAGAGUCCUUACUUUCAGCUGCAGCCUUCACCCUUGAAGCUCUCACUUCACUCAGUAUGCCCAAAUCAAUAUGGCUAUUGCUUUUUCUCACCUCUAACACUGUAUGCUUUGUAGAGUUUGACUUUGGUGUUUAGAUCAGUAAUCUGAUUCUAAGCAAGACUAGUCUCCUAGGCUAAUGCAAAAGAACCGUUUCCCACUUUUCUACAUGUGAGUAUUUUGCCAGCACAUAUGUCUGCAUACCACAUGCUUGCAGUGCCUGAGGAGGCCAGAAGAGAACAUUGGAUCCCCUGGUUCUGGAAUUAUAGCUGUGUGAGCCACCAUGUAGAUGCUGGGAACCAAAGCCAGGUUCUCUGUAUAAUGGCUGAGUCACCCUCCAACCCCACACACAGAAUCUAUGAACUUGUACACGCAGUGGGACUAGAGCAGACAUCUGCCAUGCUCAUUAGACAUGGAGUUAGCCGGGAAGGAGGAUCUCAGAAAGGGAGCCACAUGAGUGUGGUCACACGCCCUGUCCCCUGAUGUUCCUCCUCUGGAAUUAACUUAUGCCUGCCCCUUCUGGAUCAUCAGGCAGUGCUUUCAUUGACUUUAAAAGCUUGUCUAAGCCAGGCAGUGGUGGCGCACGCCUUUAAUCCCAGCACUUGGGAGGCAGAGGCAGAAGGAUUUCUGAGUUCCAGGCCAGCCUGAUCUACAGAGUGAGUGCCAGGACAGCCAGGGCUACACAGAAAAACCCUGUCUUGAAAAAACAAACAAACAAAAAAAGCUUGUCUAAUAAUAGGCUGUUUCUCAAGCUUAUUUUUAAAUCAUAUACUAUAUACACCUUAGAGGUACUUUUAAAAACUCCUAGUAUGUUGUUUAAGAUAUUUGACCUCUUUUUCUUACUAAAACCUAUAAAUGCAUCAUGCUCUUUUCAGGAGACAUAAACCUGACUCUUUAAACUCGUGGAUUCAUCUGGUUACUAUAAAUUGCCCCCUUUCUUCUGAGACAGAGUGAAGGGGUCUAGCAGGCUGGACCAUGACCAACACAGGCCUGAGCAUGGCAAACAUGGCACUGACAGGUUUUGCCCUUCACCCUUUUCCCCCUGCUCAGCUGUUAGAUCUCGGUCCUGAAGCUCCUUAUCAAGGUCUGGCCCAUACUUGGUCACUGACUCGUUCCUGAGACUGAACACCAAGGUCCAGCAACCAGACUUCAUUAUUUUGGCUAACCUAACUAAAACACCCAAUCAGAUCUUACCAGCACAGUAUAGCUCAUUCUAAGACAGAACUACCCCUUUUCCUCUUAAAAUUAACACUUACAAAACUAUUUACUGUUGUUUCUGUGUAAUUCAGAUUCAGCCACCUUGUCUCUCUGCCUUGCUUAAUAAAGGUUCUCUUUGCAUUUG